UAUUUCCAGCAGUUUCAAGAGGGAUGCAAUGCACUUGCAUUAGUUUAUUAUCACUGGUUUCCUUAAAGACUGCACAAUACCAGGCAUCAAAACUACAACACAUUGAUGAUAUUCUGCUAGCAGGUGAUGAGUUAUUCAGGAUAAGGAUGGCAGAGUUAAAAUCUACAAACAAAUUUGUUUUCAAGAUGCUUCAGUUUAAAGAACUUCCUUCAAGUGUGUUUUUGUCAGAAAAGAACUAUGAAGUUCAUUACCAUGAUCAGAUAUACGGCUGUGUUACACAUUCCAAUUGGAAUCAAUCUCAAGACACAUUGAACCUACAGGAAGGUAUUGAGAAUUUGUUUUCCAACUACAAUCAAGGUCUAAUAAUUGUUGGUGGGAUUUGUUCAGCAGUGUAUCUGGAUGGCAACAGAAAUUUUUCAAUGUUUGAUUCUCACUCACAUGGCCCUGAUGGUUUUUCAUGUGUUGAUGGUAGAGCUAUGGAAGUUACCUUUCACAACAUAGAACAUUUGGUAAAUUUCAUGUUUUCGUUUUAUCGCAGUGCAAACAUUUCAAUGAACAGUCACUGUCAGUUUGAAAUUCAACCAGUCACUAUCAACAAACUGACUGAUGUGCGGAAGUCAUUGCUAGACAAAUACUUUGACUAUCAGGCGGAAAAGGCAAAUUUGAAAAUAUUUGAACCAUCCUCUGCAAACAGAAAAGAGUAUAUGAAGGAAUAUAUGCAAAAAAGAAGGCAAAGCUCAACAUUUACAAAAAAACAAAGUUGCUGUUCAAUAAAAAGCAAGCAGAAAGCCAGGCAAAACAAAGAUUAUAAACAAAAGGAUAGAGGGAGAACUAUUAAAAGCAUGACCAAAGCCAGACAAAGCAAGGAGUUUCAGAAACAUGAACUCAAAGUAAAACAGAACAAGAGAGAACUAGUGGAGACUAAAGAACAAGAAAGACAACGCACAUUUAAUUGCAAGAAAAAGGCCAGACAACGUCAGGAGUUUAAGGAACAUGAACUCAAAGCAAAACAGAAAAAGCGACAAGAAUUGGAGACUAAAGAAAAAGAAAGACAACGCACAUUUAAUUGCAAGAAAAAGGCCAGACAACGUCAGGAGUUUAAUGAACAUGAACUCAAAGCAAAACAGAAAAAGCGACAAUAA